AUGGUAUUAGUUGGAGGAUUCCUAGCGGUUGCGGCUGUGGCUGUGGCGAUGGUCCCUCAUGAAUAUAGUGGAACCGUUACCAUCCCGUAUCGGUGCGCUACGUGCUUCGGGGAACGUUACGUGAACAAGGUGGUAGAGUGCGUGGAUACCUGGUCGUGCUCUACCUUCGUGUUCGGGGCCUGUCAUGUGUAUGGAUUAUUCGGUGUUGAAGCGCUGGAAGAUAACUUUGUUGUAUCACCAAACGACUCAGGCGAAGGAUCACCUGAAGGAUCAACCACGGCGGAGAUCGUGUUUGCCGCGAAGCGAUUGGCGCCUGAUUACUGGUUAGAUUCAGUGCAGUUAGAGACGCGCAUGGUGGGACAAAAGUGCAACCUCACUGAAGCUGAAUUUUAUGUGGCGGACAGACUAUCCUUUGAGCCGUCAGCGGACAAGAUUUUACCGGAUUUGGUUUCCGUGCGAAUUACCGGCAGCGGCCUGAUCGCGAGCUUUCAACCACACAGGGUGAAGUCUUUCGCUUACAUGAAAAUUCGAUGGACCAACUGCGAUGAUUUGUAUGUUGCUCGAGUAACGACCGAGUAUAUAUAUGGAGACAAAGCGUGCCCGGCCGAUAAGGAGACAUGA